GGGCUGGUUGUUGCCUUUUACGGUCGGUGAUUGGUUGGUGAAAACGGAACGAGAAGUGACGAGUCUGAAAUGAGAAGGAAAUCAGAUUCAACAAAUGAGCGAGCGGAUUCGGAAACUUCAUCUGAAAUUCCUUGAAAACAGAGUAAGUGAGAAGUGGGGACACGCAGCGAGUGCCGCAGCAUUCUGCCGCUAAACACAACUGAACACACUAAUGCUGAUAAAUCAGCUGAGAGCCGUGCACUGCCUCAGGUCGGCCCUCCGUGCAAGGCGAGGACCAACGCGCAGGUCUGGGUAAAUGUAAAUAAAAGCUGCAGCUGCCCACUUAAGGAAAACGAUUGCAUGGCCGGGCAUUCCCACCCCGAUACCAUGUCCUCCGACCAGACCAUUGCCAUCUCCAUAGAAGGUAAGACGUACAAUGUCAGCAAAAGUAAGUUAAUUGAGAAAAGCGACUACUUCAGAGCCCUUUAUGAGUCUGGAAUGAAGGAAUCCGAAGAGGAUUCGGUUCAGUUGCAGGGCUUGAGUGUUCAUGGACUGGAGCUUGUCAUUGAAUUCAUCAACACCUCUAAAGUACAUUUUGAGAACGACGCCUUGGAAGAUUUGGUGGAAACGGCAUCUUUUCUCCAAGUGACUUCCAUAUUGAAGCUGCUUCUCUCGGAGUUGAAGGUGGACAAUUGUGUAGAGUUAUAUAAACUUUCUGAAAUUUAUGGAAUUGGUGAUCUAAUGAAUGCUUCUCUCAGGUUUAUGGCGUGGCACUACCACCCCAUGCUCAGGAGGCAAGAAUUUAGGCAUCUGCCGAACACUCUACGUCGCCAGAUUAAGGAGAUGCGAUUUAAAGGCACAGCUGUGUUGGUAGCAGUUGGGGAUUUCUUCAGCACCUCCUUGGACCUGGUCCCCGAUGAACCGUGGUCGAUGCUGAGAUAUGAUGAGGUCGCCCAGAGAUGGCUUCCCCUAGCUAACAGCCUCCCUCCUGACAUGGUGAACGUGAGGGGUUAUGGCUCGACGGUGUUAAAUAAUUACCUUUUUAUCGUGGGUGGAUACAGGAUGACGAGUCAGGAAAUUGCGGCAGCUCAUUGCUACAAUCCCUGCAAAAACGAAUGGAAUCAGAUUUCGCCAAUGAAUCAAAAAAGAUCAAAUUUUAAGCUUCUGGCUGUAUGUGGGAAAUUAUAUGCUGUAGGUGGACAGUCACUUUGCAAUGUUGAAUGCUACAAUCCUGAGAUGGAUUGGUGGAGUUUUGUAGCUUCAAUGCCAGAUCCUCUUGUGGAGUUCUCAGCUUGUGAAUGCAAAGGGAUGAUCUAUGUAAUAGGUGGAUAUACAACACGGGAUAGAAACAUGAACAUAUUGCGAUACUGCCCUACAUCAGAUGCCUGGACUGUUAUAGAAUCCUGUGAGGUUCAUAUUCGUAAACAACAGAUGGUUUCUGUGGAAGAUACUAUUUAUCUUGUGGGUGGCUGCAUUCAUGAGAAAGGUGGAAGCAAAAAGGGAAGCCAUACUGAAGACAUGCUCACUGUACAGUCCUAUAAUGUGAGCACUAGGGAAUGGCUCUACCUUAAAGAAAACACAUCAAAAUCUGGACUAAAUUUAACUUCUACAUUGCACAAUGACGGAAUCUACAUCAUAAGCAGAGAUAUUACACUAUCAACCAGCCUUGAACAUCGAGUAUUCUUGAAAUACAACAUCUUUUCAGAUAUGUGGGAAGCAUUCCGACGUUUUCCACCAUUUGGCCAGAACAUUUUACUCUGUUCAUUGUAUUACCCUAAUGGACUUUAAAAAAAAGUAUUGUUUGGUGUGAAAAUGCGGUUGAUAUUACUGUAGCAAGAUCACUAAAUGAUUAAAAUUUGGUUUAUUUUUAUGCUAAGUUGCUCUCAUGUAAAGAGGGUUGAACUGAUCGCUGCUGUCAGGUAGUGAGUAAAGGCACAUUACAAAUUGUUGCACAAGUGAUAGUUGGCUGCUACACAAAAGGACCUCCAUAAACAUAGCACUAGGGAAACAAAGUCAAGCAUCAUUAUUAAAAGGCUAAGAGUAAUGAAUUGCUUUGGAUUACAAAUACAUAAUGAAUUAUAUUUAUUGCAAAACAAGAAACAAUCUGUCAGGUACUUAACUGCAUGAAUGCAAUGCAGUGAUUAAUGAUAGCCACUUGAGAGAAGUCUCCAAUCUUGUUCUUUAAGAGGAAAUUGAUGGCAAAGUUAUCUUCCAGUAAAGUAUGAUGUUAGGCCUGUAAGUGAAACUACAAUGUGCCUUUAAUGCAGUAUGCCUACAUUAUAAUAACAACUCACUUUAGAUGCUUUGUGGCCACUCCACAAUGCAGUAGUUUCUAAUAUAAUUUAUAUAGACAGUUCACCAGUAUCUCACCAGCUUUCUAACUUGCAGAUCACUGCAGUUUUACAUCUAAUUGAGUUUUUGAAAUUUGAAUUUCUAAACUCCGAGUUUACAUUUAAAAAUGAAUCCAUUGCAAAGUCUUAAUAUUUGUUUCUGUCUUAGUAUCUUUAAUUUAUUUUGUUGAAUAUUUGCGUGGCAAUAAUAGGCAAGCAGGCAUAAAGUGGAUCUGAUUGGAUGAGGGUGCUCAAUUAACAAUGAAUUUUUGGCAGACAUAACUUAAUAUUUGUACUGUUAUAAAUCUCUAAUACAUUAAAACAUUGCUGCUAUUGUGUAUUUGU